GAUGAAAGGGAUUCUUAAAAACAAAACUGAGGGAUUGAACCCUGCUGCUAAUGUGAAGGUCGUGAGUCACUCGAUUGGUGCGGUACGUUGGAAUCUUCCAGAAGAAACUGUGCAAGUUCAUAGCUCAGCUCCUGCAGGCCAAUUCAAAAGCAGCAAGACCACCUGCUCACGCUCACAGCAAAGACAUCAUCAGCAAAGCCUAAAGAACCUUCGCAGUCUGCAGGAGUGUGUCAGUUUUCUAAUUAACUGGAAACAACAGGUGGCACAAGUCUGUAAGGUAAGAAAGAAUCGUAUCAAAAAGUCUGGUGCAUCAGAACCACUGGGAGACCCUCAAACUGAGCGCAGUCUGCAGGAGAGCCGCAAACUUAUUCUGCAAUGGGCAGACGAGCUCAACCGUGUUGACAAGAUGUCUAAAGCGAGCCCGUGGCUGCAGGAGAGGUUUAUGCACAGUGAUGAAAAUGAAAAGAAAACAGAGGAUUAUAAUGAGCUGGUUCAGCAGAGGGUCAUGGACUGGGCCAAAGAGCUACAGAGUGUUUCAGAAAGCUGUGGAAUGGUGGGAGAUGAGCUGGCACAUACGCUUUGUUUGCUUGGCCUGAAAAAAAAGAGGCUGGUUACUUUAAUGCCACUCCUGGAAUUUAUUACCUGGUCCUUAUUAAAGGAUGACAGCAAGGAAAUGGUUCCUCAGCUGUGGCUUUCUGCUAAGCAGGGCUCCUGGAAAGCAGGCACACCACAAUACAUCCCCAACUCUGUGUGGAACUGGAUCACUAGUGCAUCAGUUAACGUUACUCUUGACCCUAUGACUGCUCAUCCAUGGCUGUCAGUUUCUGAUGACCAUACCAGUGUUCAGGAGGGCUUACAAGAAGCAGAUGUGCCAUUAAGCACUCAACGUUUUGACAGCUGGCCAUGUGUGCUGGGCUGGCAAGGCUACAUGAAAGGCCGCUGCUAUUGGGAAGUUAAUUUAGUAAACAAUGGCUACUGGAGAGUUGGGCUCACCACUGCUGGCUCUAUGAGGCAGGGCCGCUUUCCCCUGAAGCCAUCCAGCGGCUACUGGACACUAUGGAAAAGCACACGUCAGUUCUACGCCUGCACAGACCCUGAGACGACCCUGCCACUUACACUGGUGCCAAAGAAGAUGGGAAUUUACAUUGACUAUGAGGAGGGUCAAAUCUCUUUCUACAAUGUGGAGAACAAAUCACACAUUUUUACCUUCACGGGGCAAUUUAGUGAGAAGCUGUACCCGCUGUUUGCUCCAUUGGAUGGUAGGACAGUUAUUACAGUAUCCUCUCCAAAAGAAGACAGCGCUUUAUAA